GCAUGCCAGUGCCCCCCGGGCGCGAUGGCUAGCGGCAGCGCCGGGAAGCCCGCUGGCGAGGCCGCUUCUCCGGCUCCUGCGAGCGCCGUCGGGGGGGCCUGCUCGCAGCCGCGGAAGAGGCUGGUGUCCGUCUGCGACCACUGCAAGGGCAAGAUGCAGCUGGUGGCCGACCUGCUGCUGCUGUCGAGCGAGGCGCGGCCCGUGCUCUUCGAGGGCCCCGCCUCCUCCUGCGCCGGCGCCGCCGAGUCCUUCGAGCAGUGCCGGGACACGAUCAUCGCGCGCACCAAGGGGCUCUCCAUCCUCACCCACGACGUGCAGAGCCAGCUCAACAUGGGCCGCUUCGGGGAGGCGGGGGACAGCCUGGUGGAGCUGGGCGACCUGGUGGUGUCGCUGACCGAGUGCUCCGCCCACGCGGCCUACCUGGCGGCCGUGGCCACGCCGGGCGCGCAGCCCGCGCAGCCGGGCCUGGUGGACCGCUACCGCGUGACGCGCUGCCGCCACGAGGUGGAGCAGGGCUGCGCCGUGCUGCGCGCCACCCCGCUGGCCGACAUGACGCCGCAGCUGCUGCUGGAGGUGUCCCAGGGCCUGUCGCGCAACCUCAAGUUCCUGACGGACGCGUGCGCCCUGGCCAGCGACAAGUCCCGGGACCGCUUCUCCCGCGAGCAGUUCAAGCUGGGCGUCAAGUGCAUGAGCACCAGCGCGUCGGCGCUGCUGGCCUGCGUGCGCGAGGUGAAGGCGGCGCCCAGCGAGCUGGCCCGCAGCCGCUGCGCGCUCUUCAGCGGGCCGCUGGUGCAGGCCGUGAGCGCCCUGGUGGGCUUCGCCACCGAGCCGCAGUUCCUGGGUCGCGCGGCGGCCGUGAGCGCCGAGGGCAAGGCGGUGCAGACCGCCAUCCUGGGCGGCGCCAUGAGCGUGGUGUCGGCCUGCGUGCUCCUGACCCAGUGCCUCAGGGAUCUGGCGCAGCACCCCGACGGGGGCGCCAAGAUGUCGGACCACAGGGAGAGGCUGAGGAACUCGGCCUGCGCCGUGUCUGAAGGCUGCACCCUGCUAUCUCAGGCUUUACGGGAGAGGUCUUCGCCCAGGACUUUACCGCCAGUGAAUUCCAAUUCUGUGAAUUAGCACCCCCGCCCCGCGCCCCUUCGCCCUCCCCCCCCGCGCCCCUUCGCCCUCCCCCCCCCACUAGAGGAAGAUACUCACUCUCCGCCCCUCUCCAUUUAUACCAAAGAAAUCCCAGGGGAAGCCCCUCCCCCACGGCAGACGCUCGGAAAGAACCUUCCAGAGAGCUGGGGGCCCCUCCCGCCGCAGCGCCCACCUGCGCGCACGCAGCAGGGACCGCGAGGUGGCGCGCCCGCACCCGCCCCCGGCUCCUGUUCCGGAGCUCCGCCCCUCAAUUUUCUAACCAAUCGGGCAGGAAGGAGGUCAUGGGUUCGUUUCUUUUUUGGCCCCCCCUUUUUUUUUCCGUUUUGUUUUGAUUUUUCCUAAUUAAAAGAAAGGUUACCUCAGUUUCACUCCUUAGACAUGGAUGUAGCUAUCUUUUUUUUUUUUUUGUAUGCUGUUAUUUUUUUAAGCAAAUCGUGUUGGAUUAGGCGUAUACUUGGUGUGGAAAGAGUAUGACAUUGACAUGUGAUUUGCAAAUGGGGGGGAAAGCUACUGUGAGUGUGUGUUUUAUUUUUUAAUUUACACUAUAGAGUGAUUUCCCCCCUCCUUCCCCCCUCCCCCCAAUGUCAAGUUUUUACCGUGCAUGUACUGGAGUAUUUAUUUCAUCUAUUAAAAUGUUAUGUUUCUCAGA